AUGAGUUUAUUCCCAAAUCUGGCACCUUCCAGAAGAAUUUGGACCUUACGUCUUGCCUAUGAGUGGUGCAAUUCACCACAGACAUCUUUGGUGCUACAAUAUCCUGUAGCAGUGACUGUCGGAGAUUGUUUAUGGUCUGGUAGAUUUUGUAUACCAAGUGGAUCUAAUCUAUACGGAAAUUAUCCUCCUGCUCUGUCUUCGUCAUCGGUGUCUCGCCCAAUAAUGUACUAA